UAGCUGAAACAGAUCUGCUUCCUCUUCAGAAAGUCUUUGCAAGGGAUGACCAAUAUCUUCACUGCUAUUGCCAUGGGUGCCAGCAUCAGCUGGUGCCCUCUUUGUGGUUCACUGGCACUGUCAGAGCUCAGAGGAAUCUUCUGCUUUGCUGCCUGUCCUUCAUACAAGGUGAAGGUGUCUGCUGCCUUCCAGCUUGGAAAAUGAGAUAAACAGGGGCUGCAGCAAUGCCCACCUCCUGCAGCACUCCUUGAACCCAGAUCCCACUAAAAUAUCCUGGCCAGGUCCUCAGAACAAAUGUGCAAAACUACCUGAAUUGGUGGGUUUCUCCUGAUUCUAGUAAUAAUGUCACAUCUAAUCCUUCAAACCUUUUCCACCCUGUAGAUCUACUGCUCUUUGGCUUUCAUUCCAAGUACCUGUGCAUCUCUGCAAAGCCCUUUGACGCCUGGUGGCUGUUCUCAGGCUGCUUUCAGUAUCGAUUCUCUUCCAUCGCUGUCAGAUACUACAAGGGGGUGUGUCAAACAGCCUCACCCCUCUGAAGUGAAGGCUGUGUUCUCCUGCUCCACCAAGUUUCCAUCCAGAAAUAUCUUACGAUAAUUGGUGUGGAGAGGCACUGUGUAACAGCUGCCUGGAGGCUGAUUGCUGCUACAUGCACUGUGGCUUUAUAGGAAAUGUGUUGUGCGUAUUUCAGCACACCCACGGUGAUAUCCAGGGUGCAAGAUUGAAGCAGCAAGCUCCUCCUGAGCUGCCUGCUCGGUCUCAGCUGCUGUGCUACAUCAGCUGGUGUGUCUGCCUCCACUGCUGCACUAAAUGCCUUUCAAGAUGCUACAAGAGUUCAUCUCUUCCAGGAAGUACAUCUUAAUGCCUCAGGGAUGAUCUAUUGAAACUCAGCACCUGCUCUGGCCAAGUAUUCCUCUUGUAAAGCCUCACGUCCUGUACCAUGUACCAGCCUGGCUUUGUACCACGGGAGUACUGUCCAACCAUGAUCCCAUCUCCUGCCUAUACCUACCUACCACUGCGCACUGGGAGAGCAGAAGACCCAAGCAGCUCCACGAUGUUCCCUCCCAUCUACAUGCACAACUUCUACAGCCGCCCCGUGACCUUUGUGUUAGACAGAAGCAGCUACCCUGACUAUGUGGGGAGUCAGGUGGAGUAUCACCACUUGUACAGUGCUUCCAACCCCUACUUCCAUCCGUACUACACCUGGCAUUUACCCCCUGUGGUCCCUGUCCCACUGUACAAUCCUUAUGCAAACUACAAUCCCUAUGCUGCCUAUCAGAGGUCAGACCAGUAUCGAGACACGUGGCCAGAGGGCUUCACCAUGAGAGGGGAGCUUCAGUGGGGGAGGCUUGGAAAGGUGUUUGGACCAAGGAAAGACCUCCCAGAAUUUGUUAAGGAUGAUCUCCGGAGGGUUUAUGGCACCUACCCACGGACCAAUGUCUCCAUCACCUACCGGAAGGGGGAGUUCUUAGUCAAAGCAGACCCCAAGGUAGGAGAGCAGGAGUACACAGUGGAGAAAAAUGUCAUCCAGAGAGCUCUGACCCCCAGCGCCAGUGAAGCAGAUGACAGCAGCGAGGACCGGAACAGGAAGAAGAAAAAAAAACAGAGACAUUGAUGUGAUUGGUCUCACAAUAAAUGGAUGCUCCACAGCCCCAGGGAGCCAGCUGGAAAGCAGCUCAAGCAAGGGGUGCCACUGCUCCCCUGGGCUUUUAACUCCUCUGUGUCCUCCACAAGCUUAUGGCAGCUUCACCUGUUUGAUGCACAAUGUCUGUCCUGUGAAGAAACCACCUGGCACUUGUCUAUCAGAUCAGCUCUUUGGUCCUGGUUUUGGAAUGGAUGUUUACUUAUCACUGGUUUGGUUGGGUGGCCACAGGCUGAAAGGGGAUUCCCAGAAAGCAGCCCUUGGUGAGAAGACCCUCUUCCUACACUGUCCAGGGGAAGGUCCUGGGAGCUGGAUCCCUCCCUGGCACUCACCUGAGGAGAUCAAAACUGGAUUUCCUUUAAGAUGAAGGCAGUGCAAGUCUCAGAGGGGAGAGCAGUUCUCUGGCUCCGUGAAGAGUAACUGUCUGCGUAUCAUCACUGCUGUUUUAUGGCUGUACCAUUGCACUUAUGUUGUGAUGCCUGCACACAGCACUUUGCUGCACUCUGGCAGAAGAUCUUGGUGUCCUGAUCCUCUUACACUUGGUAACCUGGUGCUCAUUCCCCCUGGCUGAAGUGGCUGCCUGAGGCUCUCUACUGGGUCUGGCCCAGCUCUGGCUGGGGGUGCUGCCUUGCUGCAGAUAGCAGAGCCCUGUGUCCUGUGGCACCUCCACAGCUGCUGUCCUGGGUCUGAGAAUGACUUGCUUGCAAACUUGUGCCUUUUAAAUGAUUAUAAAUAAACAAUUCAAAAAAUGAA